UCACUCGGUGUCCAUAUAUAUCUGGGAGACAUGAUCAGCACAUUCUCUGUUGUUACCUGGGAUGCAUUUUUCCUCUUCACUCUCCAGAUGAAUUGCAAUUCCUAAAGAUUUCCCUCUGAAAAUAACUCUGCAGUGAUGCAUUCUGUGGUUCAGGCAUCGAGGGCAGAAGGUUCUCAUUCAUUUUAGAAUUAGUAGUCAUGCUGUUAAUGUUUCUCUAGCUAUAGAAAAUUCCCCUCGGGAACCUGCCUCAUAACACCGAGUAAAAUGUAAAGAGACCGUUACAGGUUGUCACCUAGGCUUGAGACUUCAACAUUUGUUUGGAUUUUUGGGGGAGAAAAUCGAAUCACACAAUGCUCCCAAACAGUGCCUUGUAAAUCCAGACUCUCUGGACCUACUUUUUUUUCCCUUCCAUCGACCCUAACUCUACCUUUCUGAUUUCAAAGCCAAGUGACCUCGGUGGCCUCUCCUCCGCCCCUCGAAAUGACAGCAAUCUCUGCCGUGAGCAGCGCCGUCCUGCUCUCCCUUCUCUGUGAAGCCAGCGCUGUCGUCUUACUCAACUCCACUGACUCAUCCUCGCCAACCAAUAAUUUCACUGAUAUCGAAGCAGCUCUCACAGCACAGCUAGACUCUGCGGACAUCCCCAAGGCACGGCGGAAGCGCUACAUUUCGCAAAAUGACAUGAUCGCGAUUCUUGAUUACCAUAACCAAGUUCGGGGCAAAGUGUUCCCACCAGCAGCCAAUAUGGAAUAUAUGGUUUGGGAUGAAAAUCUUGCAAAAUCUGCAGAGGCUUGGGCAGCUACUUGCAUUUGGGACCAUGGACCUUCCUACUUACUGAGAUUUUUGGGCCAAAAUCUAUCUGUACGAACUGGAAGAUAUCGCUCUAUUCUCCAAUUGGUCAAGCCAUGGUAUGACGAAGUGAAGGACUAUGCUUUCCCAUACCCCCAGGACUGCAAUCCUCGGUGUCCUAUGAGGUGUUUUGGCCCCAUGUGCACACAUUAUACGCAGAUGGUUUGGGCCACCUCCAAUCGAAUAGGAUGUGCAAUUCACACUUGCCAAAACAUGAAUGUGUGGGGAGCGGUGUGGCGACGGGCAGUUUACCUGGUGUGCAACUACGCCCCAAAGGGCAACUGGAUUGGAGAAGCACCAUAUAAAGUAGGGGUACCGUGCUCAGCUUGUCCCCCAAGUUAUGGGGCGUCCUGUACUGAUAAUCUGUGUUUUCCAGGAGUGACGUCAAACUACCUAUACUGGUUUAAAUAAGUUUGUCUUUUCCUCCCGGAAACAGAAUGGUUUCUGGGAAUCAUAGGUCUAUAUAUAUGUUGAGUUUUGCACAUAUUAUACAUAUUUUAUAGUAAUCUUGUUUUCUUUUUAUUAUUCAUUGUAUAAAUUAGUGUUUGUCUAGUAUGUUUGUUUAAUCUUUUGAG